AUUAGCUGAUGAGAGCUCCACUUCCUGCUCUGCCUCCAGCGGGUUGACGCGGCUGAUGCGCGCCGUGCGGCCAAUGGGAGCGCAGCAGGGCGGAGAGCAGCGGCAGAUUGUACUCCAGGAGUACUGCCGCCAACAGCAGACGCGUCUCCGCUCUGCCUGUCCCCACUCAGCAUCUACUGGUUCAUGGAUUAUACAGUUUCCCUCCAAGUGCAACAUCAUCUGGCAGUGUACCCGACACACUUCUACCAGGGCUACAGUGUGGAGUUACAGAUGAAGUCAACAGAGGUGGACCAAGGGCUUUUCACAGACAGCUACUGCAAAGUGUGCAGCGCUCAGCUCAUCUCCGAGUCCCAGAGGGUCGCCCAUUAUGAGAGUCGGAAACACGCCAACAAAGUGCGGUUGUAUUACAUGCUACAUCCUGUGGAUGGAGGCUGCCCUGCCAAGAAGCUCAGAACAGACAAUGGCAGCGACAAAGGCGACGUGGACAAGAAUAAGUGCUGCACGCUGUGUAACAUGUCCUUCACCUCAGCAGUGGUGGCACAGUCACACUACCAGGGUAAAAUCCACGCCAAGAGGCUAAAACUUCUACUUGGGGAGCAGCCUGUGAUCACAGCCAAAGAGGCCUCCCCGAGUCCUGUAAAGAGCUCUCCAGAAACGUCUCCCAUGACCUCCCCGCGACAGCGCCGUGACUCGGACCGCUACUGCCAGCUAUGCAACGCCUGGUUCAACAACCCCGGCAUGGCUCAGCAACAUUACGACGGCAAAAAGCACAAGAAGAACGCUGCCAGAGCAGACCUGCUGGAGCAGCUGGGCAAGACCCUGGACAUGGGGGAGAUGAAAGGUCUGAAACGGAGCUAUACCUGUGAAGUCUGCAGCGUCACACUGAACUCUGUGGCACAGUACCAUGCACAUCUCCAGGGCUCAAAGCACCAAAACAAUCUGAAGAAUCAGAUAUGUGUCCAGUGAGUGUGGGCCGAAGAUAAAAACCAACUAUUGGAUUGAUGUCAGACAAGCUGUGGUCAGCUUGCCCUGCUUUUUCUGCCUCUGCCCUGCUUCUGCUCUCCUCCACAUCAUUCAAGUCUCUCUCUUUCUCUCUCUUUCUCUCUUUCUGUCUCUUUCAGCCACCCUGACAAGGAGGAAAAUAAAGAGAUUUUUUGUAACACUCUAGCACUGCAUCAACUCUCUCACCUGUCGGUAUACAGUACAGUUUACACAGUUUCUCUGCUCUUCAAUCAUUGACCUUUGACAUUCCACUGCAGCUGUGUUUUUUAUCCACUGACCGUCUGAGAGCAUGAAAAGUGGAUCUGAUUCACAGCAGCCUUUCUAAAAAUGCAUAGACUAAAUUAUACUUUAUUUUUCACAAGAAAGCUACGUACUGUAUAUGGAAUUUUGACUUGAGAAUAUAAGGGGUUGUUUUUUUAAACUUGUUUUGUUUGCUUUUACUUGAAUGAAAGAGAGCAUAUUUAUUUGAAAUUAAAGGGGAAAGAUUAUUUUUACAUUAUUUAGCAUUGUGGGCUUUAAUUAUGAGUCGAUCAUUUUCUUUACCCUUUCAGAUUCUGUAUGGUACACACAGUGCAACUCAACUAAAAUGCUUCUGUUGCAUUCAUGCUUGCAGUGGAGCUAAAUCCCCUUGUGUCAUAAAGGGGUCGAUGGCAAUAAUGACACCAGUCGGACCCUUACUAUGUGUUGUAAUGGAAUUAUAGACUUCUGUCUGUGACUCGGGUAAAAUUAUGUGUCUGCAUCUACACAGGAACAGAAGAUCAUUUUAAAGCUUCCAAAGGUUCAUUCAAAUUUGUCACACUAUGAGGCAAAAAACACGAGCAGUGCCCCUUUGAUUUGACAGGGAAGUAAAGUGUUUGGAACGUCUGUGAAUUUAAUAAUGCCCACAGAUGUAAUAAUCCACAAACAUAAUAAAUAUCUGCAGCUUUUAAUGCAAUAAUCCCACAAACGUAAUACAUUUUCCACAAACGUAAUAGCCGCUGCUACUACAAAUGUAACACGAGAUUUACCACAAAUGUAAUAACUAUUAGGUUUGUGGGGAAGUUGAAAUCUUCAACUUUCAAUAUUGUAAUAAGUUCCCACAAAUGUAAUAACUAUGGCCAGGACUCGAUUAAAAUAAUUAAUCUAAUUAAUUAGAGGCUUUGUAAUUAAUUAAUUUAAUUUAAUCGCAUAUAAAUAUUUGACCUGAGAACAGUGAGAAGUCAUUUUUUUCACAUGGAUUUUUAGUAUACCAUUGAAUAAGGACUGAAUACAUAAGCUUAAGCAACAAAAAUAUUGUUUAUUUUUGUUCAAGUCCAACAGACCAGUCAGUGCUAUUUUUGCCAUUAAGUGUAGCAAUAGCAUAUUUAUAAAUAUAGUACAUUUCAUAAAUCCAGGUAGCCUAUAGGUAGGUAGACCUUCUGUAAACUAGAAUACUUUGGUUUUUGAAGUAAAACACAAUCCACGCUAGCUAGCACACUAGCCGCUAGCUGCUAUAUGUUUAGCAUUGAGGUGAUACUUGAGGCUGGAUGUGCUGCUAUGGUGAUAUGUGAAUUCCUUGUUGCCUAGCAACACAACCAUGCUCUUAUGGACGCUUCCAUCCGUUGGUUUUCAAAAACUGAAGAUAUUCAUUACGUUUGUGGGCAUUAUUACAUUUGCAGGCCUUACAGUGGUUUGUAUAAUCUGGAUAAACUGCUAGCUUGUGUACAACCUGACUGACUGCUCAUGUUUCUUGCCUUUACUUUGUCGCAGCGAUUGCACCAAAGUCUCAGACAUGAGACAGAAAUGAUGCUCCUGUCGAGAUAAACCAAAACAAACAAACAAACAAACAAAAAUGAUGCCUCCCAGAUUAAACAGAUAUUAAAAGACAUGAUCUUUUCCACAAAUUGCAAUCUUUUCUUUUGCUGUGUAAUGCGCCAUAUACAGUCAGCUGUAUGUGGUCAGUGUUCUAUUUCCUGGUUAAGAUGCUUUCAUUUCAGUAUGGUCUUCAUCUCAGGGAGGUGUAACUGGUUGCUUUAGUGAAAUUUGAGUCAAAUGUUCUCAUGUACUGAGUCCAUCCACUACAGAGUCUGGUAGAAUGUGUUGGUAGAAAAGGUCAAAAGGACUGAGCCAUAACUAUUAUGGUUUCACAAAAAGAAUAUUGAUAUUGUGGAGUGUUUUAAAGGGUAAUUCAGCUUUAUAUAUAUCUCUUAUUCAAAGCUUAUGUAGCAUACUUUCUUACAUGUCAUGUAAAGAAAUUAAAGAUGUUGACUUUAAAGCCAAUGUUGUAUAAAUGAGAGCUAUGACGGGAAUUAUAAAAGAAUAAUAUAUUACUGUUGUGGAUCAGAUUACAUUGUAAUUGCUAUCUGUUUACAGUAUAAGUGAUUUCUUCUACUGUUUUCUGCAGAACUGUGUUUUAUCAAAAUGUAGCUUUGACGUGUUGUUAAAGCGCUUUAUUUGGUUAAUUGACAGCUGAAAUCACUUGAACACCCAGGUGGAGCUUUGUACUGUAGAGAAAGGGAAAAUAAAUCAUCGCAAUUCAUCAUGGAGUGAAAUGACCCGUUGCUGGAUGAUGUCAGAGCCGCCAGCCGAUGAGAAAGACGCCACCGCCGACGACAUUAACAAUAAUUUAUAGAAAUGUGUUUUUUAAUAUUGCAAAUAAGAAGUGCACGUGUGAUUUGUUAUUGCAAGUUAAAAAAAAAAAAAAAACUCCACUGAAAUGCUUUGCUCAGCCUGAGUGAUGACACGUCUGUCCAGAGGUUUGGACCAGUCGUUACUCUUCAUCAGGACUCCUCCUCAUCACCCUUUAGUCCCCCUGUGCUCUGGGUUAUGUGCUCUAUUGUGUCUGAGAAAAGAAUAAAAGACACUUGCAACUACACAAA